AUAUGUCUCUUUUGUCUCCUCCACGCACCAACACAACAGUCUCAAUUCCAAACCUGAAAAACCAAAAACUCUUGACACAAGUACAACGUUAUUUGAACAGAGAGAAUGUCUUCUGCCAUUAAAAUCUCCAGCCCAACUCUCGACAAAACGCUUUCCCGAACCCUUUCCCCUUCUUCUACCCUUUCCCCUCCUCCUCCUUCUUCUCCGUCUUCGCCAUUGGUUUUACGGUUGCAUAAGCCUCCAAUUGGGAUGAACCGGGUGUUUAACGACGAUGCGGCCUCGACCUCAUCGUCCUAUCCACUGAAGCUCUUGAAGAGAAACAGGCCGGCCAAGCUUGAUAUUCCGAUUUCAAUUAAGGGCUUUGGUGGUGGUCUGGGGACGCCAGCGGUGGACCGGAGGGAGGUUGUGGAGGUCGAGAGCGAUGGGUAUUCGGUGUAUUCCAGAAAAGGGAAGAGACAAGUCAUGGAAGAUCGGUACUCAGCUGUAGUAAAUUUUCAUGGAGAUCCCAAACAGGCUUUCUUUGGUAUUUUUGAUGGGCAUGGAGGUGCAAAGGCUGCCGAGUUUGCAGCAGAAAACUUGGCUACAAACAUUUUGGAUGAAGUUGAAGUAAGAGAUGACGAAGAAAUAGUGGAUGCCGUUAAAUCCGGUUACCUAAACACAGAUUCCGAUUUUAUGAAAGAAGAUCUCCGCGGAGGAUCAUGUUGUGUCACAGCGCUGAUCAGGAACGGCAAUCUCGUGGUGUCCAAUGCCGGUGACUGUCGUGCUGUGAUGAGCAGAGGAGGGACUGCCGAGGCCCUUACAUCCGAUCACCGGCCUUCGAGGAAGGAUGAAAAGCAUAGAAUCGAGACCUUGGGUGGGUAUGUGGAUCGUUGCCAUGGCGUUUGGAGAGUUGGAUCUUUGGCUGUUUCCAGAGGAAUUGGAGAUCGACACUUGAAACAAUGGGUAACAGCAGAGCCAGAAACAAAAAUCCUUACAAUGGAAUCUGAUUUGGAAUUCUUAAUCCUUGCUUCUGAUGGCUUGUGGGAUAAGGUUAGUAAUCAAGAAGCGGUAGAUAUUGCUCGCCCUUUGUGCAUAGGCAUCCAAAAUCCAGAACCGUUCUCCGCCUGUGAAAAGCUCGCAGCACUCUCUGUUUCACGAGGCUCAGCUGAUGACAUUAGCGUGAUGCUAAUUCUAUUGGGACAUUUUCGUUGACGAUCCCCGUCUGGAAUUUUCACUAGAGUUUGCUUUACUAACAUAGUCCAAAAUUGAGUACAGUUCAAGUGCUUAUGUCGUUGCUAUAGUAUAGAAUGUAGUUGUAAGGAGUUAGAGAAUUAGUUAGUCAGCUGGUUUUUUACUCUGUAAAUUUUUGUUUGCUUAUAGUAAAUAUUCAUUCAUUCAUUCAUUAACAAAAUUUCUCAUUCCAUUA